AACGGUUAGGGUUAUCAAAAAAACGAGACUGGAAAUGAGUUCUAGAGCUCGAAAUCUACAAGAAAAUGUUUUUAGUUAAGUUUCGAAAAUGUCAAAUUUUGGCAAAAAUUUGAAGAAGGGGGGACCAUUGGAAAAAUUUCACUUUUACAAAAGUUGUCUAAAAACUGUGAAAAAAUUCAGGGACGUAGAUCUCGACAUGCUGAUUCCAAAAAUAUAGCGUGUCAAGGGUCACGGAGCAACAUUUUAGAAAGAAUCGGUACGAAAUGCGGAUUUUUGGAUUUUUCUAAAAAUUCCGAUAUUUCAACAGUCGAUUCCGGAAAAACGGUUGCAGCUAUCAAAGAAGCGAAACCAGAAAUGAGUUCUAGAGCUCGAAAUCUACAAGAAAAUGUAUUUAGUUUGUCAACAUUUCGAUAACGUUUCGUAUGUAAUUUUUCAAAACAAGCCAAUUGUAACAUAGUCACAUUGUGUCAAAGUCAACCCGACAUUUAUUUUUUCAUUUUUCCCCACCGUGUCACUGCAAACCUCCUCCCCAUGGAACAAGAAAAACUCAACAAACACUACCUCGAAUUCGACAUUUUCCUCAAACGGGCUCGAAAGGACUUCGAAUCCCGCUACCGCAUCCCCGAACUCAAACCCAACGCCGAGCUUACGGACUUCCAGCUGAUCAAAACCCUCGGAGCCGGAUCUUUCGGCCGCGUCAUGCUAGUCAAGCACAAAACCAAGGGUGACAAACUGUACGCCAUGAAGUGCAUGGACAAGUUGCACAUAGUCAAAAGCAAGCAAGUGGCCCACACCAUGUACGAAAUCCGCGUCCUGGACGCCGUGCGCUUCGACUUCGUCAUCAAUUCGGACUUCUUCUUCAAGGACAACGUUUACAUCUUCAUCGUCAUGUCGUUCAUCAACGGAGGAGAGAUGUUCUCGCAUUUACGGAACAUGAAGAAGUUCGACGAAACGUUGUCGAAGUUCUACGCAGCGCAGGUGAUUUUGGGGUUCGAGUACUUGCAUUUUUUGGGGAUGGUGUACAGGGAUUUGAAGCCGGAGAAUAUUCUGGUGGAUAAAGAUGGGUAUUUGAAGAUUACGGAUUUGGGGUUCGCGAAGAAGAUCGACGAUCAGAGGACCUACACCUUGUGUGGUACACCCGAAUAUUUGGCCCCUGAAAUCAUCCUCAGUCAAGGGUACAACAAAUCCGUGGACUGGUGGGCCAUCGGCGUUUUGAUUUAUGAAAUGUCAGCCGGAUAUCCGCCGUUCUACGCCAAGGACCCGAUGAAAAUUUACGAGAAAAUCGUGUCUGGAAAAUUCACGUGUCCGCAGCAUUUCUCGAAGGCGCUCCGAGAUCUGGUCUCGAAUAUCCUGCAGGUGGACAGGACGAAAAGAUAUGGAAUUUUGAAGAAUGGCUCCAAGGACGUGAAGGGACACGAGUGGUUCAAGAGCGUGGACUUCGACCAGGUGCUACGACGAAGGGUCAAACCCUUGUUCAAACCCAAGGUCAGAGACGCGGGGGAUACUAGCAACUUCGACUACUACGAAGAGGAGCCUUUCCGGACCAGUUCUAAAGAAGAAUUCGCUGAAGAGUUCGCGGAAAUUAAAAUUCCUUCCAAGUAGUUUGCGGAGACUCGAGGGGAAGUGUAGGAAUCAAGGAAAGCGGAUCAAUAAAAUAUUAAUUAAC